AACAACCAACCAUGGUCCCAUGGUUUCAGUAAAACUCAAUCCAAGCUUGCUAUUAGCAGGUCAGUCCAUAUUCCAAGAUGUUGCAUCACCACAACAAGCAUCUACUGAACAGUACAACAUCAUCAAAUAUUUAGGUGGUUCUGCACCAUAUAGACAACGCACAGGGUUUGGUAUAUCCACUUCAAUCCCAGAAGAGUGUUCUAUCGAACAAGUGCAUUUGCUAUCACGACAUGGUGAACGAUAUCCUUCUAAACGAGAUGGUGUAUUUUUUGAGUCUGUAAUGAAAGUGUUUGAGGAAUAUCCUCAUAAGUUUCAAGGAGAGUUGGAAUUUCUCAAUGAUUAUACGUACUUUGUAUCGGAUAAGGAGUACUACGAAAAGGAGACAGAUGUUAAUAACUCAAAAGGUCCAUAUUCAGGGACAACGACAGAAUUUCGUCAUGGCCAACUCUUUCGAGAGAAGUAUGGCUCCUUGUAUGACAAAGACUUGGUCGUAUUUACUAGCAAUUCUGGUCGUGUACAUAAAAGUGCUCAAUACUUCACAGAAGGAUUCUUGGGUGAUAUCAGCAAAGCCAAGUUUGUGAUUGUCGAUGAGGAUGGUAAAAUGGGGGCCAAUUCGUUGACGCCGAGGUAUGCUUGUCCUAAGUUAGACGAGCAUGUGAAUACAGAUAAAAUCAACCAGUAUGACAGGACUUAUUUGCAAGACAUUUUAACCAGAUUACAAAAAUCCAAUCCAGAAUUACCAUUAUCUACUCAACAGGUUCAAUCCUUAUUUCUAUGGUGUGCCUUUGAAAUAAAUGUGCGUGGCAGCUCACCAUUUUGCAACUUGUUCAAAAACGACGAGUUUAUUAAAGAUGGAUAUCGGAACGAUUUAUACAACUACAACUCGAUAGGCGAGGGAAAUCCAUAUUCCAAAGUGGUCGGAUCACCUUUGGUGCAAGCAUUUAUGAAACUUUUGAAAGAUGAGAAUAAAAUUUGGCUCUCGUUCACCCAUGAUUCAGAUAUGGAAAUAUUCUUAACCUCCUUAGGUCUAAUUAUACCAUCAAGAGACUUACCUACUGACUAUGUGCCGUUUCCUAACAUGUAUAAUGCGGCAGAAUUAUUCCCACAAGCAGCGAGAGUAUAUACAGAGAAAUUAAAGUGCGGUGAAGAAUAUUUUAUUAGAUUCAUUAUGAAUGAUGCCGUGGUUCCCUAUCCAAAUUGCAGCAAUGGGCCAGGGUUUUCUUGUGAGAUGAACCAAUUGUUUGAGAUUCUCAACAAAAGGCUAGAGGGUGUUAAUUUCGUGCAACAAUGUAGUGUUCCCGAAGAUUCCCCUAAUGAAGUUACGUUUUAUUGGGAUUAUAAGAGUAAAGAGUAUAACGCGCCAUUAAUAGAUCAAUGAAUAUCAAUAUACACAGCAUAUAUUGGAUUAUAUGCGAUAAUUAAACUUGUAAAAUGGAAUAUAAGAUUAAACCUUUUCGAUUUGUUCAGUCUCUGUUUUUUCGAUUGAAGAACUAGCUUCAUGGAUUCCACUUGGCACAAACUUAGUAGAAUUCCAAGCUUUGUCAACCUUCAUAUACAUUUCUUCCACUUCCUCCAAAGUCAACCCCUUAGUUUCAUAAACAAAAAAGUAAACGAAUAUGAAACCAAUAACAUUACAUCCACCCC